AAAAGACUUCGUUUAGCCAUAUAAGUGUAAAAUUAGGUUAUAAAGUGAUACAGGACAAUGGAAUCGUUGAAGAAGUGCGUAGUUCCCUCCUGCCGAAAUGUUGUCGGGCUCCCGGGAUCGUUAAAAUUUUUUGCUGUGCCACCAUCAACCCGUAAAAACAUUAAGGCAUGGAAGCAGUUCAUGAGCCUUUCUGGAGACCGCAAAGAAAGAAUUUGCGAAGAACAUUUCGUUGAAUCGGAUUUCAUUAAACAUGAACGAUCAAAACUCAAUAUCAAUGCUGUUCCAAGCCAAAAAUUACCAUCUGAUGGUACAAAAUUCCGCACUACUGGACUAUGUUGCAUCCGACGCUGCUGUACGAAAGCACGCAAAAUUAUGGAACCUUUCCCGCAAAAAAAGACAACUCUUCGUAAGUGGCACCAGGCUCUGAAUAUUGACCCACACAUGGACACCACGUACGCAAUGAUCUGUCGACGUCAUUUUAAGUCAGAGGACUUUUGCAAAGGUAAUUCGUUUAAUGAAUGCGUUACAGUUACCUCCAAGUAUCUGAAAACAAGUGCUAUUCCAUCGAAAAAAGUCACGAGACUAGUCAGAUUGCCGAAACGGUUUUCUGUAAAGCAAGCCCUUCCACCGUAUCUCCACGACCACAACUAUAGUAAAUUCGAGCCUGCGUCCAAGCAUGUUCGGAAGUGCUACGUAACUGGGUGUCGAUCCAAGGCAAACAACAGAAUAAUGUUACACAGCUUUCUGAAGAAAACAGAUCAUCGGUAUCAGCAAUGGAUUCGAAUUCUUAAGUGUAGAAUUGAACCGACCAUUAACUCAAAAGUUUGUAGUAUCCACUUCCCCAGUAAGGACUAUUUACCUGGUUUGUAAUGUUAAU